CGCAGCAGCAGCAGCAACACGGCGCGUUCUUUUUGCGUCUCCGUUGCCAGGUUUUACAUUGCUUGCGCGUUUCCUACGUUGACUAGCUUCUCAUCUAUAUCCUUUAUUUGGCUCACCAUUUGUUUAGCACUCAACUGCAAUACAAAAAUACAAAUACAAUAGAAAGUGAAACGACAAAGCUCAGCAGCAACAAAAUGGCGUCCAUUGAUAUUAUUGCUUAGCGCACAAAAGUAUGCAACGAGAAUGUCGAUUGGGUCGUCGUUAGUUACGCGCGCCGCAUAGCUAGCAGCUACAACACUCGCACACGCACAUGCACAUGCAUAUCAAGUUGACCGAUUGAAAAUCGCAACAACAAAAAAACGCACUCGUAAAUUAGCAAUAAAUUAGAAAAAAAAAACCAAAACAACAACAAAUUUCAAAAAACAACUUUUACUCGUUUGAAUAUAAUAAAUAUGGCAAAUACAGCGCAACUGUUGCGCCGUCAGAGUUCGCGCGAUAUUGUGCUCAAGAGCCAAAAGAGCAUCGAUCAAUUGGAACUGCGGGAGUUACGUGGUCGCUUGGUGCCCAAGGAGCAUGGCGUCAGUCAUCAUCAUCACACCUCGCUGCAUCAUCACCAUCAACCGCUCUAUGGCGCCACAAAUCAGGGCUUCAUGUCCGAUGCCUUCGAUGAGUCAUCGGAACUGGAGCAGGAGCCACCGUUUGGCUCCGAUGCUGGCACCAGCAAAACCAAGGCCGAGCUGGCCGCCGUCGUUGAGCAACAGCAGCAGCAGCAGGACAUCGUUGAGGGCGAAAAGGAGGGCGAGGAACGCGAGAGCUGGGACAGCAAAAUCAUGUUUCUGCUCGCCACCAUUGGCUAUGCGGUUGGCCUGGGCAAUGUCUGGCGCUUUCCGUAUCUGGCGCAGAAAAAUGGCGGCGGAGCCUUUCUGGUGCCCUACUUUAUAAUGCUGUGCAUUCAAGGGAUACCGAUCUUCUAUCUGGAGCUGGCGAUUGGCCAGCGACUGCGCAAGGGCGCCAUCGGAGUGUGGAGUCAGGUGUCGCCUUAUUUAGGCGGCAUUGGCAUCUCGUCCGCUGUGGUCAGCUUCAUUGUGGCGCUGUACUACAAUACGAUCAUCGCUUGGUGCUUGAUCUAUUUGCUGCACAGCUUUGAAUCGCCGCUGCCGUGGGCCGAUUGCCCAACGCGUUUGUACAAGAAUUACACGUACGAUCACGAGCCGGAGUGUGUGGCAUCGUCGCCGACACAAUUCUAUUGGUAUCGCACCACGUUGCAGUGCUCGGAGAGCGUUGAUCUGCCGGAGAGUUUCAAUUAUCACAUGGCGAUUGCAUUGAUUGUGUCGUGGUUCCUCGUCUACAUCUGCAUGGUACAGGGCAUCACAUCGUCCGGCAAAAUUGUCUACAUGACUGCCAUCUUUCCCUACGUGGUCCUCAUCAUAUUCUUCUUUCGCGGCAUCACACUCAAAGGCGCCGCCGAUGGCGUUGCGCAUCUGUUCACGCCACGCUGGGAGACGCUACUCGAUCCUGUCGUUUGGCUUGAGGCCGGAACUCAGAUCUUUUUCUCGCUCGGCUUGGCUUUUGGCGGCCUGAUUGCGUUCAGCUCGUACAAUCCGGCGAAUAACAAUUGCUAUCGCGAUGCCAUUUUGGUAUCGCUGACCAAUUGCGGCACUUCAAUGUUUGCCGGCGUCGUUGUGUUUGCCGUCAUCGGGUUCAAGGCCACGGCGACCUUUGAUCGCUGCACCGAGGAACGCGCCGGACUCGUCGCUCAGAAUCGCACUCACAAUCUGCCCAUUUGCGAUCUGGAGCAGGAGCUGGCCAAUAGCGCUUCAGGCACUGGACUCGCUUUUAUCAUCUUUACUGAGGCCAUCAAUCAGUUUCCGGGCGCUCAACUUUGGGCCGUGCUUUUCUUCCUCAUGCUCUUCACGCUCGGGAUUGACUCGCAAUUUGGCACCUUGGAGGGCGUCGUCACAUCGCUGGUGGACAUGAAACUGUUUCCCAAUCUGCCCAAGGAAUAUAUCGUUGGCGCUCUUUGCUUGUCGUGCUGCAUCAUUUCAAUGUGUUUUGCCAAUGGCGCUGGCAGCUACAUCUUUCAGCUAAUGGACAGCUUUGCCGGCAACUUUCCGCUGCUGAUCAUCGCGCUCUUCGAGUGUCUCUCGAUCAGCUACAUUUAUGGCGUGCGUCGUUUUUCCGAUGACAUCGAAAUGAUGACGGGCUCGAGGCCGGGCUUUUAUUGGAUGUUCUGCUGGAAAUAUCUGUCGCCGUGUGCCAUGGUCACCAUUCUGCUGGCCUCGUUCUAUCAGCUGGUCACCGAGGGCAGCAGCUAUCCGGCUUGGAUCGCUGCCAAGGGCGCCACCGAGUCCAUGGAGUGGCCCCAUUGGUGUAUUGUCAUUGCCUUUGCCUUGAUUCUGUCGUCCAUUCUCUGGAUUCCACUGGUUGCUCUAUUGCGCCUGUGCGGCAUUAAAGUGGUGGAGGACUCGGAUCCCGCCUGGUUCCCCGAGGCGGAGCUGAAAGAGGUGCACGGCAUUGUGCCGCAUGAGCCAACUGAGCUGGAGCGCAGCGUCUUCUGCUUCAACAUGGACGGGACGGAGGGAAUGUGUUGUCCCAAAUACGGAUUGCCCGAGAAAUCGCUCGAAGAGGAAGAGGAGUAGAUGCAGACAAAGAAGGAGAAGAAGAAGAAGAAGAAUCAGACAUAGUAGCAGAUGCAACGAUGACAAUAAAAUGAUCAACAACAAAACAAAUCGAAACGCAAAUGCGACUCACUGUAAAUACGGACAGAAAGAAAAA